AUGGCUAUGGAGAAGCUGCAAAUGGCAGAGGGAAGGCCUAUGCCUGCAGUCUUGGGUCUUUUAGUGGGGUACGACCUUAUGGAUUGGUCGUAUCAAAUUGCACUAGGAGGGGAGUGUGGAAAAAUAAAAACGGCGGGUGACGGUGACCGGCCUCAGCUACUAAAUCUGGCAAACUUGAGAGCCCGCUCGUCGUUUAGGCCUGAUGGGGCCCCCUCUCUCCACGGCGACGACGGCCGUCAUCUCAGGUCCUGGCGUCGCAGACUCCUCUCCUCCCUCUCCUCCGCCUCCGCCCUCAGAUUCGCCCUCCUCCUCUUGCUCCUCUUCCUCCUCGCCACCGCCUUCAUUUCCCUCCCUAUCGAAAAGAGUUUGAAGGAUUUCUUGCUAUGGAUCAAGAAGGAUCUUGGACCUUGGGGUCCGCUUGUACUGGCUGUUGCAUACAUUCCUCUCACGGUCCUGGCAGUUCCGGCUUCUGUACUUACACUUGGUGGAGGUUAUCUUUUUGGUUUGCCUGUGGGAUUCGUUGCAGACUCUCUCGGUGCAACAUUAGGUGCAACAGCGGCAUUCUUACUUGGGAGAACAAUGGGAAGAUCUUAUGUUAUUUCCAAACUGAAGCAUUAUCCUAAGUUUCAAGCUGUUGCUGUUGCCAUUCAGAGAUCCGGUUUCAAGAUAGUUUUGCUGCUGCGGCUUGCUCCUUUGCUUCCAUUUAACAUGCUGAACUACCUACUCUCUGUGACUCCUGUUCACAUAGGGGACUUUAUGCUGGCAACUUGGUUGGGAAUGAUGCCCAUCACAUUUGCACUGGUAUAUGUUGGUACAACUCUUAAGGAUCUUUCAGAUGUUACACAUGGAUGGAAUGAAGUUUCAACAACUCGUUGGGUGUUUAUAGUACUUGGUUUUGGAAUAUCCGUGGUUCUUCUGAUUUGCAUUAGUAAAGUAGCAAAGGCUUCUUUGGAGAAAGCACUGGCUGACAAUGCUGAAAUAGAAGGGAUAUUCUCAUCCUCGACGCUGCCCAUUGUGGCAGAUUCAUCCCCGGAUCUUCCAAAAACUCUCAUCAUACAGAUAGACUCAUAGACACAUUGAAAGGUCACAAGAAACUGCAGAUUCAAUAGACGCAUUGAAAGGUCACCGUGUAUAUCUUUCUCAUUCAUUAUUAUUUGGUGUAGAUUUUAGUUUGUUUUUAUCAUAGGAAUGAACUAUAUUAAAGAGAGAAAAUUUUCCCACAGCGUUCAUGUACAGCAGCCACACCCAUUUUGUUUGCCAUUCCAAUUGUACCAAACAGUUCUUAGCAAUUAAUUGAAUAGGCCUGAAUGAUCAUUUUCAAAGUC